GAAUUUCAUAAAUAUAUGCGUUGAUUGUGUUUCGGAAAUCAAAAACCAAAAUGAACAAAAAUACCUAAUAUUUUAUCCAAAAGUAUUCAAAUUACUUCAUAUUUUUUUUCUUUAUGAUAAAUUAUCGAUUAAAUUUAUUAAAAAUAUCCUAAAAUUUAAACCAAACCAGAUCUGAAAUUUUUUCAGAUAUUAACCAGUUAUUAAUUUUAUCAUCUAAAUGGGAAACUAAAAAUCAAAAUAAUUAAAUUAAAAUUGAACCAAAUUGUAUAAAUCACUGAAAGAACGAUAUGUCUCUGUAUAACCGAAAAAUCGGAGAUAGAAUUAACCUAACCGAAUCAAACAAAAACACAAAAUGCCCAAAUUGCAUUAUCUAAUCACUGACCCGGUUAGAUCCGCGUUUAAAGUGAAUCUGGUUUAAAUUCGGUCUGGUUUAAAUUUAGAAUUGUUUUUUGUUUCUUUUUAGGUAACGUUUAUUCGACCUAAUCAUGACAAGUUUGAACUGAACGAGUUUGAUCCUUUUUCUAACAUGUCCGAACCAGAAAAUGCCAAAACUGUUCGAGGUGGGUCCCAAAUUUUGCCGUAGACUCGAAAACGACGCCGUAGGGAUGAGGCCUUGAGGGCGGCGGAGAUGAUUCGCUCCUCCACCACAGGUAUAUAACGUCACUCGGCUUCCUUAUUGGUCGUCUCUCGGUGCACAAGUUUUCUUUUUCUCGAUAUCUGUUUUCAUACAACAAUCCACAACUAUUAAAAUCUUUUCUUUUUCAAUAAUCUUUUGUUUAAAUAAUUGAAACGUAUUCUCCACAAUAAUGAAACCCAUGUGUUAUUUCUCCUACUCAAUGUAACGUGUCGACCUACAACUAUUAUCUACCAGUCACCAAAAUGUAACUUAUAAUCUUCAAAAAAAGUUAUUGAAAAGUAAUAAUAAUCUUCAAAAGGGUGAAAUCAUUUAAAGGAAAUAGGUAGAGUAAUUUGUGGGUCGCAUAGAGGUGAAAAAUAGCAGAGCGUAGGAGGAGAAAAAAAUUGAAAGAUGCAUGGGAGUAUGAUUUGAUGUAAAGCCUGCGACUCCUCCAUCUUUGUAUAUGUGCGACGUUUCCUUGUGACAGAUAAUUGAUGGAUGGAUGUGAUCUCUUCUCACGAUUUGAUGCAUCCAUGCUCUUACUUUUUUUUUCUUCUUGUAAUAAAGUUUUUGUCUUGAAAACAUUAAUGCGUAUAGAAUCUUAUACAUGUUGAAGCUCAGAAAAAAGAUCCAACUAGUAUCCAAUAAUCUAUUGGCUAGUAACGUUAAUUUAAUUUUUUUUUAAAGAGAUUUUGGCUGACGUAGAGUCCCCUGAGAUUUUCAGUCACGCACACAUUGCAUGACUCAAUAGAUAAUUAUAAUUAUCCUAGAUUCUAUUACCACAAUUUAGCGAUUUUAAUUAAUUAUUAUACAAUAAUAUAUAUUCGUUUUGUGUGGUGUAUUGUACACAUCAACAUCAACUCCUGUCUGUCACUAGCUACAGUCAAAUAUCACAUCAGUUGCUUGUAGAACAGGAGAAACACAGAUCAUUAAAAAAGUACCCUUUUAUUAUUUUUACCCUUCAUUUGUCUUUAAAAAUUAGAAAAAUCUAGGGUUUUGUUGGCUUUACAGUUUCCUCGUCCUCUUUCGUGUCUUUUGUUCCUUCCCCACACAAUGGAUAUGGAUGUGUUUAAUGGUUGGGAGAGAUCGAGAUAUGAAGAUGAAACCGUAAUGCCACCUGGUUUUAGGUUUCAUCCUACCGAUGAAGAGCUCAUCACUUACUACCUCCUCAAGAAAGUCCUUGACUCCAGUUUCUCAUGUGCCGCCAUUUCUCAAGUUGAUCUCAACAAGUCUGAGCCUUGGGAGCUUCCUGAGAAAGCGAAGAUGGGGGAGAAAGAGUGGUACUUUUUCACACUGAGAGACCGUAAGUACCCAACGGGCCUAAGAACUAACAGAGCAACAGAAGCUGGCUACUGGAAAGCAACUGGUAAAGACAGAGAGAUCAAAAGCUCAAAGACAAACUCUCUUCUCGGGAUGAAGAAGACUCUUGUCUUUUACAAAGGCAGAGCUCCUAAAGGUGAGAAAAGCUGUUGGGUCAUGCAUGAGUAUCGCCUCGACGGAAAGUUCUCUUACCAUUACAUCACUUCCUCCGCUAAGGAUGAAUGGGUUCUCUCUAAAGUCUGUCUGAAAAGCAGUGUUGUCAGUAGAGAGACAAAACUGAUCUCUUCUUCCGGCGGUGUCAACUGCUCCUCUUCCUCCUCCUCCGCUGGUUCUUUAAUUGCUCCGAUGAUCGACGCCUAUGCGACGGAGCACGUGUCCUGUUUCUCCAAUACCUCUGCAGCUCAUGCUGACGCGAGCUUUCCUCCUGCUUACCUUCCGGCUCCUCCUCCACCGCCUUCUCUGCCACGUCAGCCGCGCUGCUUCGGUGAUGACGUGGCGUUUGGUCAGUUUAUGGAUGUGGGAGCUUCUGGACAGUUCAGCAUCGACGCAGCGUUUUUACCGAAUCUACCUUCUCUGCCUCCGACGGUGUUUACAACUCCUUCUCAGCCGUUCGGAGUGUACGGUGGAGGCUCCGCCGUGAGUUCGUGGCCGUUUGCUCUCUGAUGAUUCGUUAUCCGGUCACAAGCUGUCUCUAUCUAUCUACCGUUUAUGAAUUCGUUUUAAGAAAAACUAAACUUUCGUUUUAAUUAAUGGUUUGUAUUAGUUUCGAAUCAUGUAGCUGUGUGUUGCAUUUGGUUUAUGUACGUGUUUUGUAAUGACUUUAUGCAUGUUUUAUUUCAUGAUUUUCUAUGUGAAAGUACAAUGAACUUCUGAAUUUUGUUUUGCUUACAACUAGUUUUCUAGUACUAUUGAGUGCCAUCAAAAAGUAAAAUUAUAAAACUAGUAACUCAUUUUUCUGUUAAAAACGGGAUUGAUUUUGCAAAGGUUAAAGUUCAUACUAAAAAGAAAAAUUGGAUUGAUUUUGAAAGGUAAAUGUCGAAUUUUUUUUUUGGUUAAGAAUGCUAAUAUCAUAUUAAUGAUGUUCAGAUUUUACAAAAAGUUAAAUCUAAAGUUACUACAAAAAAAAUAUGAAAAAACAGCAAUUUCAGUUCUUGUUGCUAACUUGGGAUAGAUAAGACGGAUUAAUAACAAGAUAAACUGGUGGGCCCCUUGAAUGUAAUGGGCCUUGGCCCGAAAGACGAAACAUAUAACAAGGGGUUAAAAUGGUAAAUUACUGUCGGAGACAUCAUCUCUUUCUUUCUGGAUAACACAGAGACAUCAAAGGAGACCAAAGAGAAGAGUUCGGUAGUAGAAGGAAGCCAUGGCGACAGUAGUCCAGUGUCUUUCUUCAUGUGCGAAUCUCAAUUCCAAAUUCAAUGUCCUUUCGCUUAAGGGAGCUUCUUCUUCUCCAACUUAUUCCUUCUCCGCUCGUCGUGGGAACAUGUUGGUACAGAAUAGGCCAAUGAGGAGGCAAAUGAUUGUGUGUGAGGCUGCUCCGACGAAGAAAGCUGAUUCAGCUGCAAAGAGAGCUCGCCAAGCCGAGAAGAGACGCGUUUACAACAAAUCUAAGAAGUCUGAAGCUCGUACUCGGAUGAAGAAGGUCUUGGAAGCACUAGAUGGGCUCAA